AUGAGCAGCCGUGCCGAAGUAGCAGCUAUUCGCAUUGUCAACACAACAAAAGCGGGGAAAGAUUCUGGCUUCGGUUCGUUUGGCGAUAAGCUGUCGAAGCUCCCGCCGACAGGGUUUGUCGCUGUCGACGCCGAGUUUUCCGGUCUCGGUCGCGACGCAAAUCUGCUGUCCGAAGAUUUGGGCGCACGCUAUGCAGCCAUCCGCCGUCUCGCGGACACGCGAGCUAUUUUCUCUGUGGGGCUCUCUCUCUUCAGUCCGGUGAGCCCUGACGAGGAUGCAGAAGAAUCGAAGCGAUGGUACGAAGUCGCCACGUACGACUGGCUCAUGUCCUGCCAGGAUGACUUUACCGUCAACGCCAACGCCGGCGAAUUUCUCGUCUCGCACAACUUCGACUUCAAUCGCAUGUUCAAGAAAGGCAUCCCGUACACACGCGCGAGCACCGAAAAGCCGCCGGACCUGAAGGGCGCCGACGUCGAGAAGGCCUCUUCGCCCUGGCGGUGGGACAAGUUGCCUCGCGGUUUGCUCUGGCGUAUUGGCCGGCAGGGCGUCCCACUUAUCCUUCACAAUGGCCUUUUCGAUCUUGCGUUUAUGUACGCCGCGUUCCAAGGGCCGCUCCCUCCCACGUUGCAUGGCUUUAUCGGUGCGCUGUUGGAUUGCGUCCCAGCUGGGUAUUGGGAUAACAAAAUGCUCGCGUCAGUAGCGGCGGAACCGCGCUCAUAUUUAUCGUAUUUGUUCGCAAGUGCAGUGUUGAAGGACAAGAUCGGCGUUACGAAUGCCCAUGGGCUACCGUCCGACGAUUUGGCAGAUCCAUCGGACGAAAUUCCUCCGGACUUUGCGAAGGAUACGCUUUGCGAGCUCUACGCAUUCAGAGGGUUUUGUGCACGGGGUGUUUCCUGUCCUUUUAAGCAUGAUGCUUUUGCGGCCGUGGAAAGGGAGAAGAAGCACGAGCUUCCGAAAGACAGUAAGGAGGCGUUCAAGAGGUACAAAGUCCAGUCGAAGAAACUGAAGUCAUAUCGCAAAACUGCCCAGUCCGAACUAUCUGGACUUUCGAAGAAGCGGAAACUGGCGCUCUUAGCCAAAGAAGCUGGCCAAGGUAGAAAGUCUGCGGAAGGUCACAGAGAGGAAAACUCGUUCGCAGAAUUGGGGGUGUUUGGUGAAUCGGACACAGAACGCGGUGGAAUAGAGGUCAAACCACAUCUGAUAAGCAACGAAAAGAAAAUGCAUACUGCGGGUUGGGAUGCUUUUUGCACCGGCUACCUGUUUGCGGUCUAUCGGGAACGUUUGCCUUCGGCGACAAUGAGGGAGACAAGAAAUAGAAUAGCUGUCGCACGGAAGACAAAAGGAUUGUACUUAUGCAAGAGCAGUUUUGGGAAUUUAGACAUCUUAGAGGAUGGAAAAGCUGAGGAAACCUCCACGGACAGUGAUGGUAAGGAAAGUGAAUAGCCAAGGACUACAAACUAUGUAUUGAAGUAACUAAGGCCUUCAAUAGAAUAUUGUCUUUGUUCUACGAAACAUCCCCUCCCGCUUCUCA